AGCCUGUAGCGAAGCACUGGUGUAUGAGAGGAAAAUGUAUCGUCUCGGCCAACAAUCUAUCUCCAAGAUCGCCUUCGAUUUCUUUUUAUCUACUGUGCCACGGGAGCGUUUUCACUUUACUAGACAAUACAAUAAAAGCUGGUCGUGUAUUGGCUGAUUUUUGAUCAAAUACUUUACAUUAAAUUGCACAAAAAUGCCAAGGAACAAGAAGAAGAACAGCAAGGGGGGCCAGCAUGGAGCUGUGCAGCCUUUCAGCGAUGAGGACGCCUCCAUCGAGACCCUCAGUCAUUGCAGCAGCAUAAGUGAUGUCACAAGUGUAGCAGAUGAAGGUGGAGAGGCGAGUGAGGACACCGCCCUGGAGGAUUUCCAGUAUAAGCUGAAGGGGUUCAUAGACAGCACUGUGGAUAAGAGUGCUAAGACCAGACAAGGGGCUCUGGAUGGUCUGAAGACGGCAAUGGCCACUCGGAUCCUGUACGAGUUUAUCUCUGAACGAAGGAUGACCAUCACAGAUAGCAUUGAGCGCUGCCUAAAGAAAGGUAAAGGAGAGGAGCAGAGGGCGGCAGCUUCUUUGGCGUGCUUGCUGUGUAUUCAGUUGGGCUCUGGAAUUGAGAGCGAGGAGGUGUUUAAGACCCUGAAGCCCAUCUUCAAAAACAUCCUGGCAGAUGGAUCAGCCAACAUGCAGGCGAGACAAGCUGUGGCAACCAGCCUGGGGCUCUGUACACUUGUUGCAGAGGAUGACAUUUUGGAUGUGCAGGCGACGAUGGAGUGCUUCGAAAACCUGUUCACCCGCGCCUACUUGAAAGGAGACGGAACCUGUCCCUCGAUCAGUCCGCAAACCAGCCAGCUCUACGUCAACGCCCUGCUGUCCUGGGCCCUGCUGCUCACCAUCUGCUCAGCCAACCAGCUCAAGGACGUCUUGAAAAAACAUCUUCCUAGACUGCCGCAGCUGCUGCAGAGCGACGACGUCAACAUGAGGAUCGCUGCAGGGGAGACUAUUGCUUUGCUCUUUGAGCUGGCCAGGGACAUCGAUUCUGAAUUUGAGUUCGUCGAGUGGGACGAGCUGUGUGAUAAGCUCAAUGCGUUAGCUACCGAUUGCAACAAGCACAGAGCCAAGACUGACAAGAGGAAGCAGAGGUCCGUGUUCAGGGAUGUGCUUAAAGCUGUCGAGGAGGGGGACUUCCAGUCUGAGACGAUUCGGUUCGGAACCGAGCGCAUGACCAUCGACAGCUGGGUCAGGAAGAGGACCUAUGACACUUUCAGAGAGUUUGUGGGCUCUGGGAUGAACUACCACCUGCAGGCCAAUGAGUUCAUCAGAGAUGUGUUUGAACUGGGACCACCCAUUCUGGUUGAUUCAGCCACAAUGAAGGCCAUGAAGAUUUCUCGCUUUGAAAGGCAUCUCCACAACUCUGCUGCAUUCAAAGCUCGGACCAAGGCCAGAAAUAAGUUCAGAGACAAGAGGGUGGAUGUGGGAGAAUUUUAAUUGUAUUUUUUGUUUUCCUUCCCUCUUUGUUGAAUUUGUCAGCUUCAUUAGGCCACUUUUAGAGGAUUUGUAAUGAUUUAUGUGACUGUCCAUUCUGAGCUUCGUAUCAGAUUCCCUCCUACACGUUGCAGCGUUGUGUAAUGCUAGCUAAUUUGCUUUAAUGCUUUAAUUAAACCUCUUGUCCAUCACAGACUUAACAGAAUAUUUAAAUAUAGGUUUUUCGACAGACUAGUUGUUGUACAGAUGUGUAUUUUUCAUAUUGCUAUGUAUUCUUUUUUUUUUCUUAACAUUGUAGUAAUUUAUGGAACGCCUGACCUUUAUUAUUAAAACCUUAUUUACAUGGUGCAACAUAUUCAAUCCCCAAAAUAUGUAUUACUUUGCACAAAUACAUUAGCUUUGUUUAUGUUGAAUCUAGGUGAGUACUGUGGUUGUGGUUAUUUGUUAAAGAUUGGUGAAAUAAACAGAUAAGCAACUUGG